AAUUGUCGUCCAUUUAAUUAUUUCAGGUUAGCGGAUAUCCAUUUAAUAUCGUCAUCCAUAUUUGUAAACUAUGUUACCACUUGGAUAACCAUAGAUCUUAAAACAUCUGUCAACUGUAUGACCAGACAUUUUGUAGAAAUCACAAAAUAAAGAAGAAAAUCUCCUGUUACCAGCACCUCUACCAAAACUAGAGCCACUAGCACUAGGUUGUGAAGGAGGCUGAGAAUUCCCCUGUACCAAGUGUUAGAUCCUUGUGGCCUGAAAGUAACAUUUUGGUUUCCUUAAAACUGUUAUGUUCUCCUGCUAUCCACUGCAAAAGCCAUAUUGUUAACACCAAUACUACUCUCUGCUAGCGAGCUAACUUGCCUAUGCUUUUCUUCUUGGAUCAAGAGCCUGUAAGGUAGAGAUACAUAGGCAAUGGCUACAUCAUCAGAAUGUUUGUUCUAACAUUUGUAUAUUUGCCAUCUAACUUCAUCAAUAGUUGAAUAAGCCUCUCCUCCUGUUGCUGCUUUAAGAACUUCUGAGUUAAAUUGCAGGUGCAUCCAUUACAAGAACAUACAGAAACCAUAUUAAUACUAGAGAUUUGAUCUUAGAUGACCUUGAUCUAAGUAAAAAAAAAACUCAGCUAUGCUGCUAGAACCUUGUGACAAAUCAUGUAGACUUUGCUGUAAAGAGCACAAUUGAGCUCCUGAAAUUUGUGAAUAACGAUCCUCAAGAUCUUUCCAAAUGUCUCUUGCAGUACUGAAAUACUGUACACUUUUAGCAAUACUAGUAUCAAGAGAAUUCAAAAUAUAAGCAGUGAUCAUAGCAUUACAUCUAUAUAUCCCAAGCUUGGCAUUCAAGCAAUUCAGUUUCUAAAUGUCUAGUAAGUGUUCCAUCAAUGAAACCUAGCUUAUUUUUCUGCCGCUCGUAAUUGUAACAAUCACCAUUGAACUUCACAAAAACAAGAGGAUUCGCAGGGUUCUCAGAAGGAUGUAGGAAGUAAACGCUAGCAGGAUUUGAAUUGAGUGAAAGAUUGUUUGAUUGAGCCAUUAUUUGAUGAAUUUCAAAUGAAAAAUGAAGUAGAAUCUACUGAUAUAACGAUCAACGAAGAAAUCUAGAAAUCAAUCAACAAAUUGAAUUCAAAAACAAAUUGUUGAAACAAAUAUGAAGAUAGAGAAGAUUGCCUGAAAAAUCAUGCGAAAGAAUCAACAAAAACUGCAUCAAAUCCUUGAUCGAAGCUCUGAUACCAUGUUGAUAAUUGCCAGAAGCUCUGAAAAUUAGGGAGAAAAGAAUGUGUAGUUUGUAUUGAUUUCUUGAGAGAAAAGAUAUUAUGAUCAUUACAAAAACAUGAGUAGCUUAUUACAAUAUUUAUACUAGCUGCAUAACAAACUAAUACUAAGGUGUAAUAACAAACUUAGAGUUUGUUACAAAGGAAGAUUUUGGAAGAAGUUAGUUACAACUAACUUUGCUGAGUUGGCAGAUUUCAUCAAGGUGGAUAUUGUUGUGCAUAAUUAGAGACUUCAAUAAUUUACAGUUGUCUAACAAGUUAAUUCAAUUAGAUAAGAUUUUAAUUGCAUAUUAUAUUAUAUGAAAGGACCAAGACAUUACCCAAAACAAUAACUGCAUUAACCCGUGAACUUUUAAGGAAAGAACACAUUCAACAAGUCAUAGUACUAGAAUCCAAAACAAACCCGCCAAGCUACCCAAAAACUAAUUUCUAACUUCACCAUACAGAUCAUCUAAGGCAAUAACUUCUAAAGUUUUUUUUUGAAAUAUUCCUUUCUACUCUAUAUAUUACAACAUACGUCUAGUAUUAUCUAUUUUCAUACCUUUGCCAAAUUUCAAAAAGUCACGUAUAUCUUUUGAAAUGCAUAAAAAGGGCAACUAUAUCUACCAAAGCAACUCUAUACUUUUUUUUAUUGGAAAUGAUUGGCCAACUUUUAUGUUUUGCACGAAACGUCAAUGCAUGCUAUAACUAACAUUAACCUAUAAUACAAUAAGAUGCUAAAACUUUUUACAUAUAAAUUUAUGCAAAUUAAAGUCAAGGUCGGCCAAACUUUGAAUUCCAUGCAUUUUUCUAUGCAAAUUGUUGUUAUAUUUAUAUGUUAAAAAAAUAAAAAGAACUUGAUCUUUUUUGCGCAAACUCUUCUAUAAGAAGAAGUUAGGCCCUUAGGAAACCUUAGCUUCAUGAACAUAUUUUUUGUAGUAUAAGACUCUAAACAAAACCAAAUAUGGAAGCAUCAAAACCAAAUUACUUGUUACCAAUUAUAAGCAAGAUGUAUUGCUCAUCUUCACAAGUUGUGUUGGUGGUGAGGCAGCGGCCUCAAGCGGUGGGUGGUGGCGGGUUUGUGGUUACUGAUUGUAGCCAAAAGGUUGUGUUUCAAGUAGAUGGUUGUGGGAUCCUUGGAAAAAAGGGAGAGUUGAUUCUUCGCGAUGGUGAUAAUAUUCUUCUUAUUCGCCAAUUAAAGGGUGGAUUGGUUCAAGCAUUGAACAUAUAUAAGAAAUGGAAAGGCUAUUAUGAUUAUGAAGGAUUAGAAAAGUCGGUUUUCAGCAUAAAGGAACCUAAUAAAAAUGCAUGCUUCCCAACAAACAAUCCAGUUAGAAUUUCAAUUGAGCCCAAGGUUAAUGGGCAAGUUAAAGACUGGAACUUUGAAAUCAAAGGCCAUUUUCCUGAUAAGAAUUGCAGCAUUGUGGACUCAUUGGGAAAUAUCAUAGCACAGGUUGGAGUUAAAGAAGAAAUAGAAAGGGUGAUGACAAGGAAAGAUCUGUACCAUGUGGUUGUGCAACCAGGGAUUGAUCAGGCCUUCGUAUUUGGAAUCAUUGCAGUUCUUGAUUACAUUUACCAUGAGUCUACUUGGUGCUAGCUUUUGCCUAGCUUUCAUUAGCCAGAGCGGGGAUGCCCAUUAUUACAUUUAUGUUACAACCUCCGUUCCAUUAAGAUUGUUUAGUAUUGGAUAAUUCAUUUUACUCCGUAUUAGGAAUUGGUUGAAGUUUGGCACAUGGGGUUAUUAUUUGUUUAUGUCAGGCUUUUAAUGUGGGAUGAAGGUGGUAUAUACUUUCUUUGUAUAUUUGUGUUGUUAAUUAUUUGUAAUUAAUAAUAUGCUUAGAUAUUUGAUAAUAUAAAAAAAAAAAAAGUAUUAUGUAUAUUCAACAACGGAAACAAAUUUUAAAAGAAUGGCCCACGCUCUAACCAGCUGAGCUAAUGGGCCAUUUGCUUUAUAUUAGAUGUACAUAAACAAUCUGAAUAGUAGCUGUAAAAAGGCUGCCAAGAAAAGGAUACGUCUUUUAAUCUUUU